AUGGCUCCAACAAGCGCUGUGUCGCCAGAUAUGGCUAUGGCGAGCCACAAAUCGCUGGAAAUCCAGAAUUUGGCUCAAGGUCUACAGGAGGACAUGCGAGAUCUCCUAAUGUCCGCAUCGGUGCUCAUCUAUUACAACUACAUGCUGAAAUACGAUUCGCUAAAGCAUAAAGGCGCCUUGAGACACCCUCCCAAAGCUCCUAACGCUUCGGUUUAUAUCAAGAGGUUCAGUGAAGUGAACUUUGCAGAGGUGCUUGCGGCGCUGCGUAAGACAGAACGAGACAACAAAAACCAGGGCAUAUUGAAUCAUCUGAAAUCAGUCAGGGAUGAGAGGCAUCAUAAGGAGCUGCUUGACCUCAAAGCACGGCUAGCAUCGAAGAUUGUGGAACACAGCCGUCUGCGCAGAGCCUGCCUACAGAAGGCCAAAGAAACUGUUGCUCCGUUAAACACACCCUAUUUCAAUACGUACCUCGAGUGUGUAGAAGAGGAGUACAAUUUGACAGAAGAAAGCGAAAACCUCCGCGGUCGCUACGAUAAGCUACUCGCCAUGCUUGCCGACCUAAAGGCUUUGUACGAACGGUGUGUCGAUCAAAUGCCGAGAUCUGUAAAGAAGUAA